UCCAGUUUAUUUCUGGUUUGGGCAAGAUGGCAGGCGUGCAGACGCCUCCCCUCCGCAGCCUGGAUGAUUUUCUGAUGAGCUCGGCUCGUUUUGCGGUGCCAGAUGUGCGGGACCUGGACCGCUGGAACAACCGCACGAUCAACAACCUUUUGUAUUAUCAAAGCAAUUACUUCCUGUCCGCGCUGAGCUUCCUGCUCCUUGUGGGGUAUUUCCAGCCAAUCCAAAUGUUUGUUGGGAUGACAGUGGUCACUACGUUGUUCCUGGGCUUCAUCUGGGCUGCAGAGAACAAAGCUCCCAUCCGCUGUUUCCGUAGAAACCACCCAUUAUUGGCUCUACUCGCCAUUCUCUUGGCCAGUUACCUCUUCAUAUCGGUGUUGGGAGGAGUGGCUGUGUUCCUGUUUGGAAUAGCAAGCCCAGUACUGAUGGUUCUGGUCCAUGCGUCGAUGAGGCUGCGGAACCUGAAGAACAAGCUGGAGAACAAACUGGAGAGCAUCGGCCUGAAGCGGACCCCCAUGGGGCUCCUGCUGGAGGCCCUGGGGCAGGAGCAGGAGGCCGGCUCCUAAAUACCCAGCAGGGAUAAAGACAUUUCCUCCUCUCAUCUGUGAUACUCUGUGAUGGAAGCAGGAAAUUGUGAUCCUGUGAUAAACCCUCAGUUAAGUAGCAUGUGUUGAAGCUUAUUGAAAAGAGAUUUGUGAAGACAGAUUAACAGGACUGUUUUCUCUGCAGAACGAAUGAUUUUAACUUUAACUUAACAUUUUCUAACCCAGUUCUGAUGGGUUUAAAUGUACAGUUUAUGUAAUCAGUUGAGGUGUUGUCCCUUCAUUGAAAUUUUCAACAUUUUCCUUCAGUUCCACAACAACUGGCCGAAAGCCAGUUGUGUGUAGCCGUAGUGUUUGGUGCCUUUAAUCUUAUAUUUCAAUAACUGAGUUUUUAUUUAUUUUUUAUUAGUUUUCUUUAAAACAUAUUUUUCACACUGCAGCACAAUAAUGCCCUCCUUUGGGUAAUGGGGGAGGAGGCUGGGGGUCACUUCCCACCCCCACUAGCCUCCAUGGAUUAGUUGGCUCUGUGAUGCAAUAAAGGGGCGGAGCCAAGCGGGUGUGGGGGCGGGGGGGUCCCUGACUAGCCCUUUUUAUAACACCAAAACACAUCAGUUGAUGAUUUUGUUGCAUUAUGUGUUUGUACAUCAUAAUAUUUAACCUUUAAAGGGCCAGUAAUUAUGUAUUAUCCAGGUACAUAGAGCCGUUUUUAGCACAAUUAAGUAACUAUGUCACCUUCACUGGCUAUAAAAUACUAUAAAAAUCAAAUAUGACUUAAAAGAAAUUUAACCUUGUAAUUUAACGCUUUGAAGUUGGGGUUUUCUCCUUAAAUUCUCCUUUUUUUUUCAGAAAAAGUCAUAGCAUUGCUUUCUAUUAAUUGCUUAAGAACAUUUUUACCAGCGUUUCACUGAAAAAUAGUUUGUAAUGAGCUCAGCAGAUGAGCAGUUCCACCAGGUGUUUGCUAAUUGCUGCUGGCUAGUCUGAAGGAGCUGAGUGGGGGAGAUGUACGAAAUAGGAAAUGUCAAAUAGUUUCUUUUUUUUGAUGAAAGUUCAAUUUUUCAUACACUCCUUCAGGUUUGGCUGUCUGAUAGAUGUUUUUUCUUCUUCUUCUUUUAGAUGAUAAAGUAUAACAUUGUUAUGUGACAUCCAGCAUUGCUUGGUCCCCAAAGGCUUUGUGACCAUUGCCUGGAAACUGCUGCCAUCUUCUGUUGUUGAUUAGGACGAAGUUCCACGUUUAGAUAAAGCUGGUAAAUAACAGUGGUGGUGUGAGGGACUCUGCUCACCGAUGCUGUGUAAAUGAGCGACUGGAUCACAACAAAAAUGUUAGUUUACAUGAAGGGCGGCUCAGCAUGAGUGGGGCAUACAGGUCCUUCUCAAAAAAUUUGCAUAUUGUGAUAAAGUUAAUUAUUUUCCAUAAUGUAAUGAUAAAAAUUAAACU